ACGGUCGACUACACAAACAGAUCGUUUGGACUUCCUGUGGAGAAACUUGAUCCUGCAGGUCACCUUCGUUAAUUUACUGUGAGCUUCACUUGCAUUCUCUUUGAGUUGAAGUCAUCUUCAGGUUUUGCAGCUGCUAGGCCGUACGUGGUCAGGCGGAGUUUCCUCCAGAAGUCGUUGAACUGCUGUAAUAGUUUCCUUUUUACUCCAAGACAUAAUGCAAUUUUCCUCACUUUCGAUCGCUGAAGAAUCCUUCUCAAGCUCAAAAAAUGUGUCUACCCCAGUUGAUCUCGAUGUUUCUAUCACUACAGCUGUGAUUUUGGUCACUCUUUCCUCGUUCCUGUUCUUCUUGGCUUGCAUCAUAGUUUUCAUCUAUUACAAAUGGCGCCUCUGUCGACACGUGGUAGAAACCCGUAUCGGACUUGUGGUCUUCUUCCUUGGAGCGUUACUCACUCUCAUUACGACCCUCAGUUCGUUUGAAGAACAAGAAAUCUAUGCGGUGUAUCGCCUAAUUCUCCUGGCCGUUUGCGGAAUUGGAGUGUUGAUGGUUGGUUGUGCAAUGCUUUUCGAGAAUGCUUCCCCCGACAGACCACUAGAUGACUACGGCUACGAAAGACUCCCAGUUGGUUAUAUGCACGGUAGCUUGGGAAUGAUCAUCUGGGUCGUAACGAUACCCCUCGGCAUCCUAGAGCUCUUCUUCGCCAUUGGAGCUGCUAGGAAAGCUCCUAAUACCAUGUAUGCUGCUGUGAGGUACACAGCUCUGGUGCAAAAGAUUGUUCAAGCAAGUGUGUACUACUUUAGUGUGCGACACAAGGUUGCCAGAGGAGAUUUGCGUAUGGCGUGUUCGUGGCUUCUCAAGAUAAUCUCCGUCUUCAAUUUUGCCUUUUUUAUUGACUCACUAGUAACGUCCAACUCUGAUAACGACUUCGUCCUGAAUCUUUUUGGCAAUGGGUUCUCCAUUGUUAAAUCUGCUUACAAUGCCUUGCUUAUUGAUUACAGACUGUUGUGCUGUUUGUUAUUUUUGGAGCAUUCUUUAGAAUUGAUGGACGCGCGCAUUAACCGACCCGUUGGUGACAUAUUAUUUAAUCCUGCAGCCAGUGAAGCAAUGAUGCAAGAUUCUUUGGCUUCUGCAGUUGUUAAUGUUGAAAUUUCCCAUUCAUCUGGCUAUGGGUAUGUCAUUGGCCUCAUUCUGAUUGCGAUGCAACUGGUAACUGGACUUCAGUAUCUUGGAUUUGUGGGAAAGUGGACAAACAUGUUCCCCAUUUUAACUUGUGGUGUCAUAAUAAUUUUCGGUCUCUUGCUGCUCUAUGGAAACACAAGUUUCAUUGGAAACAACAGAGAGAGAAAAUGGCGCGAGACUGAAUCUAAGGCCAUUGAUAUCAUGGUUUGCUUUAUGGGCACCAUCGGUUUUAUUUUCUGGUUCAUGAAAGCUUCCUACUGUGGCUUGUGGGCCUCGCAAUACUCGUCAACAACCAACAUAGAGUUUUAUCAGUACCUCUCUUGGACAACAGUGAAGGACUUUGCUUAUGCAAUUGUAAUAAUCUUUCAGCUUUACUUCUUUGUUAAAAUGGGUCCACAUUUCGGAUGUGACCAUGAGAGCAGUCGGCAAAGGGCAAAACACUUUUACGUCACAACUAUUAUGAUGGCACUGUUUGCACUGCUCAUCUCACUUGUCAUAGAUGAAUUCAAUGGCCGAGUGGAAAAGCUUCUUGCCAAAUCGCACAUCAGCACCACCAUGUCAAUAUAUUUCCAGGCUGCAGCCCCCGUCCAUCUUGGUUUUAGCUUGCACAUGUUUCUGCAUUUCUUCAUAAUGAACAGAAGAUUGUCUCAGUUUCAGUACAACUGGCAGCAUCAUCAGGCAGAGGAGCACCAUCAGAGGCAACACUCCCCAAAAGGGAACACUGGCAGCAACAGUGCCAUAUCAAACGUUGAAACAGGGGAUGAAAGACAGCCAUUGAUUUCCCGCCCAAAGUGAUCUAUAGCACUGAGAUAAUCAACAUACAUAUUCCAUGUUGCCCAGUGUUGUUUCAGCAAUAGAUCACAAAUGACGUCAAAAUGUGGUAAGAAGAAAAAAUGUGAGACACAAGUUGCAGCCAGGUGUGUUGCUUAUGUUCUUUCUACAUUUUGAUGUCUUUGGUACAGACUGUAACUGAUGCAAUAUAGCAGCGCGCGAACUUUAAUUUAGUUGCACGCGCAGCCUCACAACAUCAGCGCGCGACCUUUAAUUUAGUUGCACGUGCAUAUAGCAAGUGCUCACGAAAGUGCCGCGACAGCUCGCAAGCUGUAUAAAGGUUAUGUUGUUUUCUUUUGUCAUCAGUUGAUGCAAGAUCUUUUAACUGAAAGCGAAGUUUUAGCCGCUGUGCUCAAACCUUUUUUAAUUAUUCUAGUGAAAGCGGCACCAAGGUAAAUAUUUUUACGCCUUUUAGUUUAUUUAAUUAAGCAAUUUGUAUCCUUCCUUCUUUAAUUGUGAUUUCUCGUUUUGUGAAGUAAGUUAAGACUUAAAAUUUGGUUCAAGCGAAAGUUGCUUACGACAGCGUUCUACCGUUAAUUGUUAUUUUUUCUUUUUGUCCUGUAACUUUUGAGUCGCAUGAAAUGUAUUUUUAUCUGAUUAUUUACACGAUCUCAUUUGUAAUUUGUUUGUACUUUUAUUUUAGUUCUCACAGUGUUUGUUUAACAAAGUAAGAAGUCGAAUAAAUUUUUACGGACAUCAGUUUGUGAACGUUGUGAUCACUGGAGCAAUACAGACAGUUGAGUCUGAGUUGCUGAGUUAUCACUGAAUCUAUUUUUUUUUAAUGAUAGCAAAGAAAAAUGUUGAUCAUAGUGAUGUCAUCUAUGCAUCUCUUCUCCAAUAGAUCAUGUGUAAGAACCAAUCAAAAUAUAUGUAUCAUUCAACUUAACAUAUAAUGUAAAGUAAAAUGCAAACCUUAGGAUUUUCAUAUUUCCUUUCUACCCAAGUUUUCAAGAGCUCAAAGUCAAUUGUUUGUACUGUGUCAAGAUUAAUGUUAGUGCAAACAAGAGAAGACUUUGGUGGCACAUCUAAAAUGUUUAAUAAAUUAGAAUUUGUCUUAAUUUAAAAUGAAAUUUUACUUGCAUGUCUACAUUCAACCAAGAUGUUUUCAAUGAAAAUAAUUUGAAAAGUUUAACUUGGUGAUGGUAAUGGUAAUGUAAGAUCGUGAAGGUUAGAAAUUAUUGGAAUAAUAAUAAUCAAUAAUUAGAAUGUUCUUGUAUAGCAAUUUUCUCUAUGGAACCAACAGCACUUUACAACAGUGAAUGAUGUAACAUUUAGCAUUUAUGUGGAGGCAGCGUGGCUGAGUGGUUAGUGCAUCUGAAUCGUAAUCCGCUGCUCCCGGGUUCGAGCCCUGCUCUGACCACUAUCACGAUUUGUUUCACGGUAACUCUGAGUUCAAAUCCUCGGCCACG